CCAGACACCAUCGGGAAAGCGACAUCUGAUCUGAUUGCUACGGUUCACUUUCUAGUCAAAAAAUAAGUUAAGGUUCUAGCAAAAGACAACAACAAGCAUACAAAGAUGCUUUAUGUCCGGAAAAUCGCUUUGCUCUCCGCUCUCUACGGGGGAGCAAGAGCAGAUGAUUUCAACUAUAGAUCCACCCAGGGAGAUAAUUACGGUCCGAACGACUGGAACAAAGUCCGAUGUGGCAAUCUCGAAACUUGCGUAAGUAGGGGGGGAGGAAUCGGACGACAUCUGAUUGUUGCAUCCACUGGUACAGCAGCAGAUCGUCACAGUGGGUUAGGAUCCUAGCGUGCACUUCAAUCUAACCGGAGCUGACCUUUUUGCAAACUACCCCUGUCUCGACAAUCGCAUACCAGGAUGGUUGGCCAGACAAGCACGAAAGUUCCAUCGGAUGGGAGCUCGAAGACAAUCAAUGCAGAUGGUGCCCCGAGACUGGGAAUCAGUGUCCUCAGAAUCACCGAAUGUCGCCCGUGAACCUCGUUCGUGAUCGAGCUAUCGAGGACAAUCCCAACUGGAAAGACUGUCCGGAUUGGCACUGGUACGUACCCCAGAAUAGAACUCCCCGUCAGAACAAGAUUGAAGUCACGAGCUGUUCUCUGACUAUUUUUUCCAUCUAUCUUUGAUUGAAUAGGAUGAACUUCGAAGACGGUUCAUGUCAAUGGGAAGACAUGGAGGAUAGCUUUGAGAUUUCGAAGCAUGCACUUCAAAUCCACACACCUAUGAGAAGCAAUGGAGAUAUUAACUGCGCAAAUUCCGAAGGUGAGCGUCUCUAUCCCAGGUUGGAUUAUAGUAAAGGCUUCCCCGAUUGGUGGCAUCUUGAUAGGACCGAUAUUAAGACACCUAGUGAGCACACUCAGCAUGGGAAAAGGUACGCAGCAGAGGUAACUCUUGCUCAUUUCUAUGAAUUAGAUCAUUGGAAGAAUCAGAUUGGAUACGUCACAUUCUUCAUGGAAGAUUAUCCAAACCAGGAGCCAUGGCACUAUUUGGACAA